AUGACGACGCCCGUCGGUGAAAAGAAAUUGCGGGAGCUUUUUCGCGGCAAAGUCAUGCACUACGGCGUGCUCAAGGCUGACGCGACAGUGGCGCAACUUCUAGAGGACAUUCACGGAAAGCUGGGGAUACUAAAGAUUCUGAAGCAGCUGCAAGAGCAGUUCGCACGCGAGACAAACGAAGAUGUGCGAGCGAGCCUCGACCUCGUGCUGGGCAUCAAGUUCCGUUCCUACGGGAGCCUGAUCGACAGCAGUCAGCACUCCUCGGCUAUGACGGCAUUGGCCAAUCAUCUCCCAAUCACGAUCUUCGUCGUUCACACGCACAUCCAAGACUGGGAAAUGGGAAGUUACCCCAUCAUAGGCACUGUCUGGCAGUACUGGAAUGACGUCUCCGCCAAGUCGAACGAGCCAUCUCUCAAACUCACUGCCAAAGAAUUGAGCGUUGCCAGUAUCCCUACGCGGACCUACGUCAUGCCUUCCUUCACGCUGAUGGUUGCAGAGUUCGAACAGCAACAUAACUUGGACAAGAGCCUGAAUGCCACCUAUCUGGCAGGGAGAGAAUUCACUCAGCUUUGCAGCCGCAGAUCAAACGUCUCCAUAUUGAACGAGGGAAUCAUCAAACAAUCUGUCACUGAAUACAACCUAACUUACACUUACGAAGAUGAAGAAACCAUGACUAGAAAGGCAAGAGCUUUCUUCAAACUAUAUCACCAUCCGCGUCAAGGGUGGGCCGUGUUUGACACAGACUACGAUGACUACGACAACAGCUGUGGAGACGGCAGUUUCAACAGGCUAAAGACCUUCAAAGCAACACUAGACGAAUGGCCAUCGCACGUGACUGACAGUAAUAAAUUCUGACAAAUG